AUGGACCAUUUCUCGCCGGAUCUGGGAGGGGGAGCGGCCUCUGACUUCGAGGAUUUCCCCUCUGAGGUGACCUUCACGUGUUGCUGGCCAAAUCAGCAAACCAGCACGGGGCACCGGUUGUUGGCGUUUCCAAGGCUGCGGAGCGAACUCGCGACCCGAAGGAGCUAUGCCGACCGGCGAGUGCUAGGUGAGUUUCAUCGCAAACGAAGCGCAAACGCGAUCACAGGCGCCGCUUCUUCACGGCAACACUCGGUGAGGGGACACCAUCAGCGGGAAAUAAAUGAUAGUACCAAUGGGCAUCAGCAGCCUGGUUCGGCAGCAGCGGAAACGCAGAGGAUGCUGGAGCAGCCACCCAUGGCCGGGCACAAUAAUUUUCGUCCCGCCGCACGAGC